GGGUGCCUUUCUCGAAAACUGUACGUAGCUUCCAGUGACGGAGGGACUCUAUCUCGCUUUGAGACAAUGUUUUAGUCGAAUCGGCACGUUCCUACUAGGCCCCCUAAACGAUCGCAUCCAGGACAAACGCAGAGUCGCCGCGAACCGCCGCCUGUCCCUGCCAAGCGAGACUAAGCUGCAAGCUAGCGUUGUCGGAGAUUGCGUUCCUUUAUAGCCUCAAACGAACCAGUUGAACCGAACAGGACCAAAAUAUUAGAGUGGCACUGGUGCCUAGGGGCUUUAGCCGAGCCAUAUGGGGUGCCUGUGCCUGGCAGUGGCAUAAUAUAAGACUCUUUGUCGCCCCAUAUCCCGCGAGUGAGAACCUUGUCCAUCUUUACCUUUCUUCCAUUCAGCCUCAUUCCUGCCCCAUACAACCUUGAAUCCGCCACCAUGAACGGGAUGAACGCCUCCGUCAACGCCGGUUGGUACACCUUCUCCAAUCUCGGCCCGCUAACCACAACAUUUACACCCUCCGCGCACUGCACGGCCUCUGAUCAGAUGGUGCUUGGCUACCUCAACACGAUGCCAAAGUACGGCGGAAACAUCUAUGGGGAGUGGAACGUCCAAUGCACGACUGAGAUCAACUACGAAGCCGACUGCAUGCCGACAACAACUGAAGCAUCCACCACAACACCCCCAGCGUUCACCGGAACCUCGGAGGAAGACUACGAGGAAUACCUGGAUGCGGAGAUCGAGUGGGAGGGAUAUCAGGUGUAUUACUCGCCCGGUCUGCACUGUCCCAAGGGGUGGACGACAAUUGGCAUGAUUGGGCGUGAUGCAGGCGAUAAGACGACUUCGUCGGGCAUUCUGUCCCCGCUAGUCUCGACGACGCAGACGGAGAAUCCCAUGACCUCGGGAUAUUACGACUACGAGGAUCCCGCCUCGGUGAUGAAAAGUAUCCUCGAGCCACAGCAGACCAUGGCGCUGUGCUGUCCCAGCGGCAUGACCGCCGACACCGCCGGCGCCUGCUAUUCCUUCGUCAAAGACUACACGCCCACCUACGGCUGCCAAGCAUACACGGGCUACAACUACGAGUACGGCCCGAGCACGGUCACGUACGUUGAUUUUACCGACAGCGGCGUCACUCGCACGACGGUCGUCGAGGCGCCCACCGAGACAAUCUCGCGUGUCACGACCGACACCACGCGGCUGGAUGAUCAGACGUAUUACUCUGGUCUGAUGUAUGCGCCCGUUAUUACGCUGGUGUAUCAUGAGGAGGAUCUGGUUGCGGCGACGGAGACAGCUGAGGCGAAUAGUGAGAGCGCGAAUGAAAAUAGUGAGGGAGGCGAGAGUGAGAGUGCGAGUGAGACUCCGUCGAAUGCUGCAGGACGCCUUGGGGGAACAAGUCGGUCUGGGUGGGAAGGUUUAGGCUCUGUUGUUGGGAUCUGGAUCGGUGCUGCGGCGCUUGGGGCAGCGAUGGUUCUUCCGUGGUAGAUAUGCUUGAAUCAGAUUACUUGCGGACCGUUCUUUUUAGCUCUAACUCCUUCAAGAAUUGUAUUAAUGCAAAUGGUCGGCCGCCGCCGUGCCACUACUUUGUAUGCGAGAUCAAACCCCCGCACCGAAACGAAAUCUAUGCAUAUGUAACCCCCUCAGAGCUUGCUGGAAUCCA